CUGAGACUGAAGGAAGAAGGAGAAGAAGAAGAAGAAACGACUGAGCAAGAAAAAUGUUAAGGCAAUUCAGCCUGAACUGAACCAAACUGAUCCAAACUGGACCAACAAGGGUCCACACAGUCCUGACCUCCUGUCACCACCUGAGUCCAGCAGAGGCACCUGAUCCAGAUCAGACUGAGGUGGAGCAGAUUUCACAACUUUACUGAAGCAGGAAGUGAAUCAAAGACAGACAUGGGUAGUAAGGAGCGCUACCAUUGGCAGGCUCAGAAUGUGAAGGUGAGCGGCGUCGACGACAUGGUGCUCUUGUCAAAAAUCAGCGAGGACGCCAUCACGGACAACCUUAAGAAGAGAUACAUGGACGACUACAUCUUUACCUACAUUGGUCCAGUUCUGAUCUCGGUGAAUCCAUUUAAACAGCUUCCAUAUUUCACAGACAGAGAGGUGGAGAUGUACCAGGGAGCGGCUCAGUAUGAGAACCCUCCACAUAUCUACGCUCUGGCUGACAACAUGUACCGCAACAUGAUGAUUGACACCGAGAACCAGUGUGUCAUCAUCAGUGGAGAGAGCGGUGCUGGAAAAACAGUAGCUGCUAAAUUCAUCAUGAGCUAUGUUUCCAAAGUGUCAGGAGGAGGAGACAAAGUCCAGCACGUGAAAGACAUCAUCCUACAGUCGAACCCUCUGCUGGAGGCGUUUGGAAAUGCAAAGACUGUCCGCAACAACAACUCCAGCAGAUUUGGUAAAUAUUUUGAGAUCCAGUUCAGCCGAGGCGGAGCUCCUGAUGGAGGGAAAAUCUCCAACUUCCUCUUGGAGAAAAGCAGAGUGGUUUCGCAGAACACAGGAGAGAGGAACUUCCACAUCUACUACCAGCUGUUGGAGGGGGCGAGUGGAGAGCAGAGGGAGAACCUGGGGAUCACGACCCCCGACUACUACUACUACCUCAACCAAUCAGGAACCUACACAGUAGAGGACGUCAACGACAAGAAGGAGUUUAACGACACGAUGGAUGCCAUGUCAGUAGUAGGUCUGUCGAUAGAGGAUCAGGAUUCAGUUCUUCAGCUCGUUGCAGCAAUUCUUCAUCUGGGAAACAUUAGCUUCAGGGAGGAAAACAACUAUGCAGUGGUGGAGAGUCAGGACUUCCUGGCCUUCCCAUCCUACCUGUUGGGGAUCCUUCAGGACGGUCUGUGCAGUAAACUCACCAGCAGGAUCAUGGACAGUAAGUGGGGCGGGAAGACCGAGUCCAUCUCCGUGACCCUGAACACCGAACAGGCUGCUUUCUCCAGAGACGCCCUGUCCAAAGCGCUGUACACCCGACUCUUCGACUUCCUCGUUGAUUGUAUAAACAAAGCCAUGCAGAAGGACCAGGAAGAGCUGAACAUCGGAGUGUUGGACAUCUAUGGCUUUGAGAUCUUUCAGCAAAAUGGCUUUGAGCAGUUCUGCAUCAACUUUGUGAACGAGAAACUACAGCAGAUUUUUAUCGAGCUCACACUGAAGGCUGAGCAGGAAGAGUAUGUUCAGGAGGGUAUCCAAUGGACGCCAAUUGAGUAUUUCAACAACAAGGUGGUCUGUGACCUCAUUGAGUCCAAAGUGAAUCCUCCUGGAUUAAUGAGCAUCUUGGAUGAUGUAUGUGCCACGAUGCAUGCCAAAGGUGAGGGAGCGGACCAGACUCUACUGCAGAAACUUCAGGGUCAGAUUGGAUCCCAUGAACACUUCAGCAGCUGGAACAAAGGAUUCAUCAUCCACCACUACGCCGGAAAGGUGUCCUACAAUGUCAAUGGUUUCUGUGAAAGGAACAGAGACGUGUUGUUUAAUGACAUCAUUGAACUGAUGCAGAGCAGCGAGUUUCCGUUCAUCAGAGCCCUAUUUCCUGAGAACCUGGAGGCUGAGAAGAGAGGCCGUCCAAGCACCGCCAGCAGCAAGAUCAAGAAACAAGCCAACAGCCUGGUCCAGACCCUGAUGAAGUGCACCCCCCACUACAUCCGCUGCAUCAAACCAAAUGAGACCAAACGACCCCGGGACUGGGAGGACAAUCGGGUCAGACACCAGGUUGAGUAUUUAGGUCUGAGGGAGAACAUUCGGGUCCGAAGAGCUGGAUAUGCCUAUCGUCGAGUCUUCAACAAGUUCCUGCAGAGAUAUGCCAUCUUAACGAAGGAGACGUGGCCGUCAUGGCGUGGCGAGCAGCGUCAGGGUGUUAUGCACCUGCUCAACUCAGUGCACAUGGACCAGGACCAGUUCCAGCUGGGGAAAACCAAAGUCUUCAUCAAAGCACCCGAAUCGCUAUUCCUGUUGGAAGAGAUGAGGGAGAGGAAAUAUAACGGUUACGCUCGAGUCAUCCAGAAAGCGUGGCGCAAACACAUCGCUGUACGCAAAUAUGUCAAGAUGCGGGAAGAAGCAUCCGACAUCUUGCUAAACAAGAAGGAGCGACGGAGAAACAGCCUGAACCGAAACUUUGUAGGAGACUAUCUUGGGAUGGACAACCACCCCGAGAUCCGGCAGUUUGUCGGCCGCAGAGAGAGAAUCGACUUCGCUGAUGUGGUGCUGAAGUUUGACCGUCGGUUCAGGACGGUGAAACGAGACCUCAUCCUGACCCCCAAGUUCCUCUACCUGAUUGGUCGAGAGAAGGUGAAGCAGGGUCCAGAUAAGGGACAGAUCCAGGAGGUUCUGAAGAGGAAGAUCGAAGUGAACAAGAUCCAGUCUGUUUCCCUGAGCACUCUGCAGGAUGACAUGUUCAUCGUCCAUGAGGAGGAAUAUGACAGCGUUCUUCAGAGCAUCUUCAAAACAGAGUUCCUCAGUCUGCUCGUCAAACGUUACCAGGAGAAAACUCAGAAGAAGCUGCCACUCAAGUUCAACAACCUUCUGGAGUUUAAGGUGAAGAAAGGAGGCUGGGGUCCAUUCAGCUCCUCAGGGUCCAGACAGAUCCAGUUCCAGGCGGGUCAGGGUGAUGAAGCCAUCCUAAAGCCCAGUGGGAAGGUCCUGCAGGUCUCUAUCGGGCCGGGUCUGCCCAAAAACUCCCGACCGACCAGGAGGGACAACCGAAAGAGCCGCUACAUGGGCCACCAGGCUCCGCCCACCAACCAGUAUGAGUCAGCUCCUCGGUUCAGGGAUAGCAGAGUUCCCAGAGGCUCCUUCUCCAGAGGUUCACUGUUGAGGCAGCAGUCCAGCAUGGAGCAGCCCAGCCUGCCCCGCCUCCAGAGCCAGCGUCGCCCGGACAACCGGUCACAACAGCAGCAAGACAUGCGCUUCAUGGAUGUCCCCGAACAGGGAGCCGCAGGGCUGCAGCGGCGUCGAUCCAAAGAGGUGAAGCCCCUUCCAGGAGCAGGUCGACCCAAACCGGGCCCCAGACCAAAGCCCCGGUCACCGCAGUGCAAAGCGCUGUACGCCUACGACGCCCAGGACACCGACGAGCUGAGCUUCAAUGCAGACGAUGUCAUCGAGAUCCUCAGCGAAGAUGCAUCCGGUUGGUGGUAUGGUCGUCUCCGUGGACGAGAGGGAAUGUUUCCUGGAAACUACGUGGAGAAGAUCUGAACCUCAACGAGUUUAUUCAUACAAAUAAAACAUGUAUGUUUGAAUCAAGAGGACCCAGAGAAACUUUUAAUCAUCAGUCGGGUCAAAGGUGUUGUCAGUGUUACAGAUACAGAUUUAAUGUUCAAAUAAAUCCUUUAAACUCUUUUAUUUUCUGAUUUCCACCGAAACCUUCUUUUAUCAGAUUCUGUCAUUUGUCUUUUACAAACAUGUUUUAGUCAGCUGACCCCAGAUCAGCCAAUGAGCUGACAUUUCACCAAAACCUAUUGGAUACCUGAGUGACAUCAUCCAGAGGUCAGAAGUCACAGGCAUCACUAAACACAAUUUUACUAUUGAUUGAAUCCUUCAUUAAUCAUUGAUAACAACAACUAAGGUAAGAAUAAUAAUAAUUUUGUAAUAAAUGUUUUGGCUCA